AUGAACCUGGGGAAGGACGCCAGCACCUUUAAGUACUACACCAUGUGUGGCCUGCAGGAGGGCUUCGAACCCUUCGCUGUCAACAUGAACAGGGUCACCAUGUGGUUCAGCAAACGCCUGCCUACCUUCGUCAACAUCCCCAAGGACCACAACCAUAUCGAGGUGACGAGGAUAGAUGGGACAGUUGACAACCCCCCGUGUCUGAAGGUGACACACAAGACGUUUGGGACCCAGCAGAGCAACAGUGACAUGCUGUACUGCAGACUGAGCAUGCCUGUAGAGCUCCACGCUCCUCAUAUCAAGGCUGACGAGUCUCAGAAACUCAGUCAGCCUCCAAAGCAAGAUGAUUAUGGCAGCAUCACAACGUACUAUCACUCAGUGAGGGUGUUUGCUGGCCAGGACCCAGCAUCGGUGUGGGUUGGCUGGGUAACCCCUGACUACCAUUACCAUAGCAAACAAUUUAGCCUCAACAAGACACGCACGGUUACCGUAACCCUGGGAGACGAGAGGGGACGUGUCCACGAGAGUGUUCGGAGGAGUAACUGCUACAUGGUGUGUGCUGGAGAUGUUGUCAGCUCCUCCCACUCCUCAUCCCGGUCUAACAUCGACCUGGAGAUUGGCUGUCUCGUUGAUCUGGCAACAGGCUUUCUCUCCUUCACAGCCAAUGGCAAGGAGCUGGCGACCACCUACGAGGUGGAGUCCAACACCAAGCUGUUCCCUGCUGUGUUUGUGCGUCCCACCAGCACCAACCUCUUCCAGUUUGAGUUUGUCAAGAUCAAGGACACCAUGCCCCUGUCGUCGGCCAUCUUUAAGAGUGAGCAGCGUAACCCUGUGCCCCAGUGUCCUCCGCGUCUGGACGUUCAGACUAUCGUAGCAGUGCUGUGGAGCCGUAUGCCCAACACCUUCCUCACCGUGGAGACUGCCAGGGUCUCAGAGAGACACGGCUGGGUGGUGCAGUGUCUGGAGCCCCUGCAGAUGAUGGCUGUUCAUGUACCUGAGGAAAACAGAUGUCUGGACAUCCUGGAGCUAUCGGAGAAUGAGGGUUUGAGGAAGUUCCACUACCACACCCUGAAGCUCUACUGUGCCCUCUGCGCAUUGGGCAACACCCGCGUGGCACACGCCCUCUGCUCCCACCUCGACCAAUCACAGCUGCUCUACACCAUCGACAACCAAUACCUAUCCGGCAUGCUGAGAGAGGGAUUCUAUAAUGUUCUUAUGAGCAUCCACCUGGAGACAGCGAAGGAGGCACGCCUGAUGAUGAACAACGAGUUUAUCAUCCCUGUGACUGAUGAGACGCGCUCCAUCAAGCUGUUCCCUGACGAGUCCAAGAGACACUCUCUACCCGGUGUAGGCCUCAGCACCUCUCUGAAACCACGCCUCAACUUCUCCCCUCUCUCCUUCAUCACCACCAAGAAGCAGCAGCGUCUCCACAGUCCCCAGAUCCCCCUGGGCAUCCUGAAGGAGAAGGCCAUCAGUAUGCUGACUGAGGCGGUGCAGGGAGGAGGCAGUCACAUCAGAGACCCAGUAGGGGGCAGUGUGGAGUACCAGUUUGUCCCCAUCCUCAAGCUGAUCGGGACCCUGCUGAUCAUGGGGGUUCUCACCAGCGAGGAGGUGAGGCUGAUCCUGCUCCUCAUCGAGCCCAACGUGUUCGGGGAGCCAGAGGAGGAGGAGGCGAAGGUGGAGGAGGUGGAGGCAGCAGCGGGAGGAGGAGAGAAGGAGGAGGUGAGCAGCAACGAGGUGAAGGCUGUGGAGGCUGGUGAGGAGGAGACCAAGGAGGUCAAACCGCCCGUGAAGGGACUGCUGGAGAAGACACUGCCUGAGUCUGUCAAACGACAGAUGUGUGAGCUGCUGCACUACUUCUGUGACUGUGAGUUGAAGCAGCGCAUCGAGGCCAUCGUGUCCUUCUCAGACAGCUUUGUGUCCAAGCUGCAGUACAAUCAGAAGUUCAGGUACAACGAGCUGAUGUUGGCCCUCAACAUGUCUGCUGCCGUCACCGCCAAGAAGACCAAGGAGUUCAGAUCGCCUCCACAGGAACAGAUCAACAUCCUGUUAAACUUUGCUGCUGGGGAGGACUGUCCCUGUCCUGAAGAGAUUCAGGAGGACCUCUACAAAUUUCAUGAUGAGCUGAGACUGCACUGCGGCAUCCCAGUGGAGGAGGAGGAGGGGGAAGAGGACACGUCCGUAAAGGGUCGUCUGCUGGCCAUGCUCUAUAAGGUCAAGGGACCGCCCAAGAAAGUAGAGGAGGAGCCUACAGAGCAGGAACAAGCUCCUCCCACCAAUCUGAAGGAGUUGAUCAGCCAGUCCAUGGCAAGCUGGGCUCAGGAGUGCAGCAUCCAGGACCCAGAGCUGGUUCGUGUGAUGUUCAGCCUGCUGAGACGUCAGUACGACGGCAUCGGAGCGCUGCUGAGGGCCAUGAAGAAGAGUUACACCAUCUCUGCUGCGUCAGUACAAGACUGUGUCAACCUCCUGGCCUCUCUGGGCCAGAUCAGAUCACUGCUGUCUGUACGCAUGGGGAAAGAAGAGGAGAAACUCAUGAUCGACGGACUGGGUGACAUAAUGAACAACAAGGUGUUCUACCAGCACCCCAACCUAAUGAGAGUCCUGGGGAUGCACGAGACUGUCAUGGAGGUCAUGGUCAACGUGUUGGGAGGAGACAAGUCACAGGAGAUAGCGUUUCCCAAGAUGGUUGCCAGCUGCUGUCGGUUCCUGUGUUACUUCUGUCGUAUCAGCCGACAGAACCAGAAGGCCAUGUUCGACCACCUCAGUUACCUACUGGAGAACAGCUCUGUCGGACUGGCCUCCCCAGCCAUGAGAGGUUCUACACCCCUGGACGUAGCAGCGUCUUCAGUGAUGGACAACAACAGCCUGGCCCUCGCUCUGGAGGAGCCUGACCUUGACAAGGUGGUGACCUACCUGGCAGGCUGUGGGCUGCAGAGCUGUGCCAUGCUCCUGGCUAAAGGAUAUCCUGACAUUGGCUGGAACCCCAUAGAGGGAGAGAGAUACCUGUCCUUCCUCCGCUUUGCUGUCUUCAACAGUGAGAGUGUAGAGGAGAACUCUAACACGGUGGUGAAGCUGCUGAUCAGGCGUCCAGAGUGUUUUGGUCCCGCCCUGAGAGGAGAGGGGGGCAACGGCCUGCUGGCGGCCAUGUUGGAAGCCAUUAAGAUAUCUGAGGACCCUGCUCUGGACCUGCCCUCUACAGCCGAGGGAGAACCUUCUGGGUCUGGUGAGGAUGAGGAGGAAGAGGUGGUCCACACAGGAAACGCCAUCAUGUCCUUCUACUCUGCCCUUAUUGACCUGCUGGGACGCUGCGCUCCUGAGAUGCACUUGAUCAACAAGGGUAAAGGCGAGGCGUUGCGUAUCCGUGCCAUCCUGCGGUCCCUGGUUCCUACCACAGACCUGGUGGGCAUCAUCAGUAUACCACUCAAGAUGCCCAUUGUCAAUAAAGACGGUAGUGUGACGGAGCCGGACAUGUCGGCUAGUUUCUGUCCGGAUCACAAGGCCCCCAUGGUGUUGUUUCUCGACCGUGUGUACGGUGUGGAGGACCAGAGCUUCCUGCUACACCUGUUGGAGGUGGGCUUCCUGCCUGACCUCCGUGCCUCCGCCUCCCUGGACACGGAUGUGCUGAGCACCACAGAGACCGCUCUGGCCAUGAACAGGUACAUCGGUUCGGCCCUGCUUCCCCUGCUGACCAGGUGUGCUGACCAGUUCUCGGGCACGGAGCACUACGCAGCGCUCAUCGACUCUACGCUCCACACUAUCUAUCGGCUGUCCAAGGGACGCUCCCUCACCAAGGCCCAGAGAGACUCUAUCGAGGAGUGUCUGCUCGCCAUCUGCAAACACCUGCGUCCCUCCAUGAUGCAGCAGCUGCUGAGACGUCUGGUGUUUGAUGUUCCCCUGCUGACAGAGUACUGCAAGAUGCCACUCAGGCUGCUGACUGAACACUAUGAGCAGAGCUGGAAGUACUACUGUCUUCCCUCGGGGCUGGGGAGCUCCGGCAUGGCCUCAGAGGAGGAGCUGCUGCUCACCAGGAAACUCUUCUGGGGAAUAUUCGACUCCCUCUCAACAAAGAAGUUUGACUCUGACCUGUUCAAAACUGCCAUGGCCUGUCUGAGUGCCAUCGCUGGGUCGUUGCCACCUGACUAUGUGGAUACCAGCCCUGGUGCCACCCUGGAGAAGCAGACGUCUGUGGACGCACACGGCAACUUCGACCCCAAACCCAUCAACACUGCCAAUAUCUCCCUUCCAGAGAAACUGGACUACAUCGCCAACAAGUUUGCAGAGCAUUCCCACGUCAAGUGGUCCUCAGAGAAGGUGACAGCGGGUUGGAAAAUGGGAGAGUGCGUGGAUGAUGAUGCCAAAACUCACCCUCUGCUGAAGCCUUACAAGUCACUCAGUGAGACGGAGAGGGAGACGUACCGCUGGCCAGUGAAGGAGUCUUUAAAGAGUAUGCUGGCUAUGGGCUGGAACAUGGAGAGGGCCAAAGAGGGAGAGGCCAUGUUCAUCGAGAAACAAAGCAAGAUCUCAGAGUCCACCCAGGAUAAUGAUAAUACAUGCAUCCCUGAACCCCCAUUGGAUCUGAACAAUAUUACUCUAUCCAGAGAGUUGCAGGGGAUGGUGGAAGUAGUAGCAGAGAACUACCACAACAUCUGGGCCAAGAAGAAGAAGACUGAGCUGAACAGUAAAGGAGGAGGGAGCCAUCCGUUGCUGGUGCCUUAUGACACCCUGACAGCCAAGGAGAAGUAUAGAGACAGAGAGAAGGCCCAGGAUCUCUUUAAGUUCCUGCAGAUCAAUGGAUAUACUAUCACCAGAGGCCUGAAGGACAUGGAGCAGGAUUCGUCGUCCAUGGAGAAGAGGUUUGCCUACACGUUCCUCAAGAGGCUGCUGAAGUAUGUGGACUCGGCUCAGGAGUUCAUCGCCCACCUGGAGGCCAUGGCCACCAGUGGAAAGACAGACAAAUCACCUCACGAUCAGGAAAUCAAGUUUUUCGCCAAGGUACUGUUACCACUCAUAGACAUGUACUUUAAGAACCACAGCAUGUACUUCCUGUCCUCGCCCAGUAAGAACCUGAGCAGCAGCGGCUACGCCUCCAACAAGGAGAAGGAGAUGAUCACUAGCCUGUUCUGUAAGAUGGCAGCUCUUGUCAGACACAGGAUUUCCCUCUUUGGGAGCGACUCGGCUAUUAUGGUGAGCUGUCUACACAUCCUGGCUCAUUCACUCGACACAAGGACGGUGAUGAAGUCAGGCUCAGAGAUGGUGAAGGCUGGGGUCAGGACGUUAUUUGAGAACGCAGCGGAGGACUUGGAGAAGACCCUGGAGAUGCUGAAGCUGGGGAAGUUCAGCCAGUCCAGGAGCCAGAUGAAGGUCUUGUCUCAGAACAUCACCUACACCACCACCGCCAUGCUACCCGUCCUUACAGCCCUGUUCAAACACGUCACCAUGCACAACUUCGGAGUCUACCUGCUGGUGGAUGACGUCCAGCUGUCGUGCUAUCGCAUCGUGACCUGUCUCUACUCACUGGGCACGGGGAAACACAUCUUCAUGGAGAGGCACCUACCAGCCCUAGGGGAGUGUCUGGCCACCCUGGUAGGAGCCAUGCCUGUAGCAUUCCUGGAGCCUGAUCUCAACGCUCACAACCCCCUGUCUGUCUUCAACACCAAGACACCCCGCGAGAGGGCCAUCUUGAGUAUGCCUGACUCUGUGGAGGAGAUGUGUCCAGAGAUGCCUCGUCUGGAUGGCCUGCUGAAGGACAUCAACGACAUCUCGGAGUCUGGAGCUCGCUACACAGAGAUGCCACAGGUGAUUGAGGUGAUCCUGCCCAUGCUGUGUAACUACCUGUCCUAUUGGUGGGAGAAAGGAACAGAGAACUCUGCUCCGGGCACAGCCUGCUGCACCACCGUCUGCUCCAACCACCUCAGCAUCAUCCUGGGGAACAUCCUCAAGAUCCUCAACAACAACCUGGGCAUCGACGACGCUCCCUGGAUGAAGAGGAUUGCAGUCUACUCUCAGCCAAUCAUCUGUAAAGCUGCAGCAGACCUCCUGAGGAGUCACUUCCUGCCCACUCUAGAGAAACUCAGGAAGAAGACAGUCAAGGUGGUGGCAGAGGAGGAGCUGCUGAAGGCUGACAUUAAAGGAGACACUCAGGAAGCUGAGCUUCUCAUCCUGGAUGAGUUUGCUGUCCUCUGUAGAGACCUGUACGCCUUCUACCCAAUGCUCAUCCGCUAUGUGGACAACAACAGGUCCAGGUGGUUGAAGAGGCCUGAUGCUCAGUCCAACGAGCUCUUCACCAUGGUGGCGGAGAUCUUCAUUCUCUGGUGCAAAUCACACAACUUCAAAAGGGAAGAGCAGAACUUUGUGGUUCAGAACGAAAUCAACAACCUGUCUUUCCUGACUGGGGAAAGUAAGACCAAGAUGUCCAAGUCAGGUGGUGACCAGGAUAGGAAGCACAAGAAGCGGCGUGGAGAGUUAUACUCUGUCCAGACCUCUCUGAUCGUAGCCGCCCUGAAGAAGAUGCUGCCCAUCGGACUCAACAUGUGCACCCCUGGAGACCAGGAGCUUAUAUCACUGGCCAAGAUACGAUACAGUCUGAAAGACACAGACGAUGAGGUGAAGGAUCACUUGCGUGAGAACCUCCAUCUGCAGGACAAGUCUGAUGACCUGGCAGUGCAGUGGCAGAUGAACCUGUAUAAGGAUGUGGUGGUGGGGAGUGAGGAGCCUACAGACCCAGAACAAACUGUGGACAGAAUACAGAGCAUCUCUGCUGCAGUCUUCCACCUGGAGCAGGUGGAGCAGCCUCUGAGGAUGAAGAAGUGUGUGUUCCAGAAGCUGCUGUCCAAACAGCGUAAACGGGCCGUGGUGGCCUGCUUCCGCAUGGCUCCACUCUACAACCUACCCAGGCAUCGUUCUAUUAACCUCUUCGUGUUGGGCUAUGUGAGACUAUGGAUAGAGACAGAGGAGUACUCCUUUGAGGAGAGGCUAGUGCAGGACCUGGCAAAAACCCCGAUGAAGAUCGUGGAGGAGGAGGAAGAGGAGGAGGUUGAGAUUCAGCCAGACCCUCUUCAUCAGCUUAUCCUCCACUUCAGCCACAACGCCCUCACAGAGAGAAGUUUCUUGGAAGAAGAUCCGUUAUAUAUUGCGUAUGCAGACAUGAUGGCAAAGAGUUGUGCAGAGGAUGAAGAGGAGGAAGGGGAAGAGGAGAAAGAGAAGACGUUUGAGGAGAAGGAGAUGGAGAAACAGAAGAUCUUGUACCAACAGGCCAGACUGCACGCCCGCGGGGCUGCUGAGAUGGUGCUACAGAUGAUCAGCGCCAGUAAAGGUCGACUAGGUCCUAUGGUGACCUGCACCCUCAAACUGGGCAUCUCCAUCCUCAACGGAGGCAACGUGCUGGUUCAGCAGAAAAUGCUGGAUUACCUGAAAGAGAAAAGAGAUGCAGGCUUUUUCAAGAGUUUGUCAGGCCUCAUGCAGUCCUGCAGUGUCCUGGACCUAAAUGCCUUUGAGAGACAGAACAAAGCGGAAGGUCUGGGGAUGGUGACAGAUGAAGGCUCCAGUUCCAAAGUGCUGACGAAUGAUGACUUCACCAAAGAUCUCUUCAGGUUUUUACAACUGCUCUGUGAGGGGCACAACGGGGAUUUCCAAAACUUCCUGAGAACACAAACAGGAAACACGUUGACAGUCAAUAUUAUCAUCAGCACAGUGGACUACCUGCUACGCCUUCAGGAAUCUAUCAGUGACUUCUAUUGGUAUUACUCUGGGAAAGACAUUAUCGACGAGGCAGGGCAGGUCAACUUCUCCAAAGCCUUAGCUGUCGCAAAGCAGAUCUUCAACUCACUCACUGAGUACAUCCAGGGCCCAUGUAUUGGGAACCAGCAGAGUCUGGCCCACAGCAGACUGUGGGAUGCAGUGGUGGGAUUCCUGCAUGUGUUUGCCAACAUGCAGAUGAAGCUGUCCCAGGACUCGUGUCAGAUUGAGCUGCUGAAGGAGUUGAUGGAUCUUCAGCAGGACAUGGUGGUGAUGAUGCUGUCACUGCUUGAGGGCAACGUGGUGAAUGGAACGAUAGGGAAGCAGAUGGUAGACACUCUGGUGGAGUCCUCCAGUAACGUAGAGAUGAUCCUCAAGUUCUUCGACAUGUUCCUCAAGAUCAAGGACCUGACCACCUCUGACAACUUCAGGGAGUACGACCCCGAGAACAAGGGGGUGAUCUCCAAGAAAGAUUUCCAGAAGUCCAUGGAGAACCAGAAGCAGUACACCCAGUCAGAGAUCGAGUUCCUGCUCUCCUGCGCCGAGGCCGACGAGAAUGACAUGUUCAACUACGAGGAGUUUGUGGAGCGGUUCCACGAGCCAGCCAAAGACAUCGGCUUUAACGUAGCCGUGCUGCUCACCAACCUCUCUGAGCACAUGCCUCACGACCCCCGUCUGGCCACCUUCCUGGAACCGGCCGAGAGCGUGCUGAACUACUUUGAGCCAUACCUGGGCCGCAUCGAGAUCAUGGGCGGAGGGAAGCGCAUCGAGAGGGUUUACUUUGAGAUCAGUGAGUCCAGCCGCACGCAGUGGGAGAAGCCACAGGUCAAAGAGUCUAAGAGACAGUUCAUCUUCGACGUGGUCAACGAGGGGGGAGAGAGCGAGAAGAUGGAGAUGUUUGUGAACUUCUGCGAGGACACCAUCUUUGAGAUGCAGCUGGCGUCUCAGAUCUCGGAGCCAGAAGUGGUGGAGCGCCCGGAGGAGGAAGAGGAGGAGGUGCACAACUUGCUAGAAGAGCUGGCUGAGCAAGAAGAGGAGAGCAAGCUGGAGGCUUCCUCAGCUUUCACCAUGGUCUGCGUCUCCGCCAAGAAGAAGAUCUCCAACUUCAGACAGAUGCUGACCUUCAAGAGCCUCAAGAAGCAGUACAAGAAGUUCAAGAAGCUGAGCAUGAAGGAGAUGAUCGUUGGGUUCUUCUCCUUCUUCUGGAUUCUCUUCACAGGGUUCUUCAAGGGGAUCUACAGCCUCAUCUUCGGAUUCUUCCACCUCAUCUGGUCAUCCAUGUUCGGCGGCGGGCUCGUCGAAGGAGCCAAGAACAUGAAGGUGACAGACAUCUUGGGCAACAUGCCCGAUCCCACCCAGUUCGGUAUCCACGGUGACGUGUUGGAGACAGAGAAGGCGGAGGUGGGUGAUUCGGUGUCGGGCGGGACAGACCAGGCCAUCAAACCGUCGGACAAGGCAGAGCAGGACAUCUUGAUGGAGAUGAUUAAUCCGACACCAAAGAAAGGGGAAGGGUUGAAACAUGUAGAUCCUGGACUGGGAGACGUCUCUGAGAAUCUGACCGCUGAGACCACCGCCACUGUGGAGAAAAAGAAGGCCGCUUUUGAACCAACAGAGUCUGAACCAGAGAAAGCCGACACAGAGAAGAAGGAGAAGGAAGACAAAGUCAAGGCAGAGCAGCCUAAAGAGGAAGUGGCUCAGGAUAAGCCCGCCCCCAAGUCCAGAAACGGCCAAUCAAAGGAGGCUCCUACUUCCUUCUUUGCCAGCUUCUUGGCUGGGCUGGAGGUCUACCAGACGAAGAUGCUGAACACGCUGGCUCGCAACUUCUACAACAUGCGUUUCCUGGCUCUGUUUGUGGCGUUUGCGAUCAACUUCAUUCUACUGUUCUACAGGGUGACUGCUGAUGAGGAUGAUGAGGAUGACUCCUGGACUAGUUCUGAUGAUGAUGAUGAUGAAGGUGGUGAGGAGUACUUUGUCCUGGAGGAGAGUACAGGCUACAUGGCCCCUAUUCUGUGUUUUCUGGCUGUAUUCCACACUGCUCUCUCUAUCCUCUGCUUGGUGGGAUACUACUUCCUCAAGGUGCCUCUGGUGGUGUUUAAGAGAGAGAAGGGGAUCGCCAGGCUGUUGGAGUUUGAAGGUCUCUAUAUCACAGAGCAGCCUGCAGACGAUGACAUCACAGGACAGUGGGACCGCCUCGUCAUCAACACCCCAUCCUUCCCCAAUAACUACUGGGACAAGUUCAUCAAACGGAAGGUCAUUAAUAAGUAUGGAGACCUGUAUGGAGCUGAGCGGAUAGCUGAGCUGCUGGGUCUGGACAAGAGUGCUCUGGACUUCGAUCCUACUCAGGAGACCGUGGUGGAGGCGGCUUCUCUUGUAUCCUGGUUGAGCUCUAUCGACACCAAGUACCACAUCUGGAAAAUGGGAGUGGUGCUGACUGACAACUCGUUCCUGUACCUGAUCUGGUACGCCACCAUGUCCAUCCUGGGUCACUACAACAACUUCUUCUUCGCCGCCCAUCUUCUGGACAUCGCCAUGGGCUUCAAGACCCUGAGGACCAUCCUGUCCUCCGUCACUCACAACGGAAAACAGUUGGUGCUGACUGUAGGUCUGUUGGCGGUGGUGGUGUAUCUCUACACCGUGGUGGCCUUCAACUUCUUCAGGAAGUUCUACAACAAGAGUGAGGACGAGGACGCACCUGACAUGAAGUGUGACGACAUGAUGACUUGCUAUCUGUUCCACCUGUACGCGGGGGUGAGGGCCGGCGGUGGUAUCGGUGAUGAGCUGGAGGACCCGGCGGGAGACCCCUACGAGCUGUGGCGUAUCCUCUUUGACAUCACCUUCUUCUUCUUCGUCAUUGUCAUCCUCCUGGCCAUCAUUCAGGGUUUGAUUAUUGAUGCGUUUGGGGAACUGAGAGACCAGCAGGAGCAGGUGAAGGAGGAUAUGGAGACUAAAUGCUUCAUCUGUGGUAUUGGAAACGACUACUUUGACACGACACCCCACGGCUUUGAGACCCACACCUUACAAGAGCACAACCUGGCCAACUACCUCUUCUUCCUGAUGUACCUCAUCAACAAGGACGAGACUGAACACACUGGUCAGGAGUCGUAUGUGUGGAAAAUGUACCAGGAGAGAUGCUGGGACUUCUUCCCUGCUGGGGACUGUUUCAGGAAGCAGUAUGAGGACCUGCUUGGGUAGAGAGGACACCUAACACUACAUUACCCAGCUACCCUACAACCCUACCUGGGUAGAGAGGACACCUAACACUACAUUACCCAGUUACCCUACAACCCUACCUGGGUAGAGAGGACACCUAACACUACCCAGUUACCCUACAACACUCUCUGGGUAGAGAGGACACCAGAACACUACCCAGUUACCCUACAACACUCUCUGGGUAGAGGACACCAGAACACUACCCAGUUACCCUACAACACUCUCUGGGUAGAGAGGACACCAGAACACUACCCAGUUACCCUACAACACUCUCUGGGUAGAGGACACCAGAACACUACCCAGUUACCCUACAACACUCUCUGGGUAGAGAGGACACCAGAACACCACCCAGUUACCCUACAACACUCUCUGGGUAGAGAGGACACCAGAACACCACCCAGUUACCCUACAACACUCUCUGGGUAGAGAGGACACCAGAACACCACCCAGUUACCCUACAACACUCUCUGGGUAGAGAGGACACCAGAACACUACCCAGUUACCCUACAACACUCUCUGGGUAGAGAGGACACCAGAACACUACCCAGUUACCCUACAACACUCUCUGGGUAGAGGACACCAGAACACCACCCAGUUACCCUACAACACUCACUGGGUAGAGGGACACCAGAACACUACCCAGCUACCCUACAACACUCUCUGGGUAGAGGACACCAGAACACCACCCAGUUACCCUACAACACUCUCUGGGUAGAGGGACACCAGAACACCACCCAGUUACCCUACAACACUCACUGGGUAGAGGACACCAGAACACCACCCAGUUACCCUACAACACUCUCUGGGUAGAGAGGACACCAGAACACUACCCAGCUACCCUACAACACUCUCUGGGUAGAGAGGACACCAGAACACCACCCAGUUACCCUACAACACUCUCUGGGUAGAGAGGACACCAGAACACCACCCAGUUACCCUACAACACUCUCUGGGUAGAGGACACCAGAACACUACCCAGUUACCCUACAACACUCUCUGGGUAGAGAGGACACCAGAACACCACCCAGUUACCCUACAACACUCUCUGGGUAGAGGACACCAGAACACUACCCAGUUACCCUACAACACUCUCUGGGUAGAGAGGACACCAGAACACUACCCAGUUACCCUACAACACUCUCUGGGUAGAGAGGACACCAGAACACCACCCAGUUACCCUACAACACUCUCUGAGAAAGACUAACUCACUUGAACCUUAACGGAACAUGACAACUAGCUCCACAUAGCUCUUCUGCUGCCGUUGUAUCCAUCAUACAGUUUCACCUAUCGAAAUGGCCAGCCACUACCGAGGAGAGACUGACGAUGAAGACGAUGAUUGGACUUGGUGUUUGGAUUUAUAUUGAAAGUAAAGUCAAGAUAAGUCACCUGCCACGGUGACACCAUGUCGAUGACACCUUGUUCGCUCUUUGAACACACAUGGUUUUAUAUUAAUUUGAUCUGUUAUGAUGACACUUGCUUAACCCCAAAACUGUUGAACAAUGUGUGUCGUGUGGUAGAGUGGAGACAUUGAUAUGUGUAGGGUUACAGCUUGAGGGGUGAUUGAAUGCACAAGCUAUGAUAUUAAUACCCUAGAUAUUAACUGAGAACCAAAAUACAAGAUUGACGCUAGAAUGUGAAUUGUGGUGGUGAUAAAUGAUGAAACUUCACUAGAAAUUAAAUUAGACCCAUUCUACCUUUUUCUUGAACUUGGUCUGAAUCUGAUUAGCUUUGGUGAGAUGAGACAUUUAAAAAAAGGGGUCCCUCAAGAGUAAGUCUUGAGCCCAUUUAUAGUUGUUUAUCGUGUGCCAAUGUGCCUUAAAUGAGAAACCUUGACACCCUUAGUGCUCUAGGUUGUAGAUUAGAAUGACCUAGCUACAGUAGGGAUAGCUUUUUAGGAAAAAAAUAAAAUAUAUAUAUGUUGUGUAAAAUCUAUAUACCCAUUGUUCCCAAACUAUAGUGUCCUUGCCUGCCUGUACACAGUUCUUUCCGUAGUAGAAAUUACACGCUGAGGAAAAAACACAGUUCAGGAUUUAUUGAACACACAAAGACAGAAAAGCAGUGAGCUGCUAUUGUAUGGCUAUUUAUAUAUGUAGUAGCUUUGGUAAACUGCAUUUAUCUUCGAGAAGGGAGGAUGGAAAUGACUAAAGUAACCAAUAAACCAUGUCUGUAUUCCA